CACCGCCAUAUCCCUCUAUAUAAUCCUCUCAUGAACCCAGACCCAUUUCCGUCAUUCCUUCUCCACUCUCUCUCUCUAGAUUCUCUCUUCCGAUCAAUGGCGACUGGACUGGUCCGACGAGCGAUAGCAAGGAUUUCGGCGUUGUCACCGGCGGCCAGAGCUGUCAAUUAUAGGGAACACGCAUCGGAGGCGGCGGCGCAGCAGCUGGAUCAGCAGGCGAAGCCGACCUCCGCCCCCAAAAUCUUCCAGAUCUACCGAUGGAAUCCGGAUACGCCGCAGAAGCCGGAGCUCCAGAGCUACGAAAUUGACCUCAAGGAGUGCGGCCCCAUGGUCCUCGACGCCCUAAUUAAGAUUAAGAACGAAGUGGAUCCAAGCCUAACCUUCCGCCGCUCCUGCCGCGAGGGGAUCUGCGGGUCAUGCGCGAUGAACAUCGACGGCCGGAACGGCCUCGCCUGCCUGACGAAGAUAGCCUCCGGCGGGCCGACGAUGGUCACGCCGCUGCCGCACAUGUUCGUGAUUAAGGAUCUGGUGGUCGACAUGACCAAUUUCUACAACCAGUAUAAGUCGAUUGAGCCGUGGCUGAAGAGGAAGAGCCCGCCGGAGAAUCCAGGGAAGGAGAAUCUGCAGAGCAAGGAGGAUCGGAAGAAGCUCGAUGGGAUGUACGAGUGCAUCCUGUGUGCCUGCUGUAGCACAUCCUGCCCCAGCUACUGGUGGAAUCCCGAGUCUUACUUGGGCCCCGCCGCGCUUCUUCAUGCCAACAGAUGGAUUAUGGACAGUCGAGAUGAAUACACGAAAGAGCGGCUGGAUGCGAUCAAUGAUGAAUUCAAGCUGUAUCGGUGCCAUACAAUCUUGAAUUGUGCUAAAGCUUGCCCCAAGGGACUCAAUCCUGGUAUGCAAAUCCAGAACAUCAAGAGACUUGAACGCACAAAUUAGCUCUUCCGAUUCUUGGUUGCUUCAUUCAUUGAUCAUUUUUUGCAAAUUUGAACUCAUAAAUCAGUAUACUAUUUCGAAAAUAAUGAGCUUUUGGAAUUGGGCUAUAGUUUGUUGUUGGUUAGUUAGUUAGGUGGGGCUCGAGUGGCCCGGCCCGUAACUGUGGCGGGCUUCAGAUGGUUUGUAAUAUCAGCAAGUUUUAUUUAGGUUUUAAUCUCCUUUUGUCAAUAUUUAGAGUAGGGCGCAUGUAAUGAUAUGGAUAUGUAUUUUAUUGUUUAAUAACUCUCUAAUAUUCUUCUCACA